AUGAAUUUUCGAAUUUCUAGAGGUGCGUUUUUGAAGUAUGCCUCUUAUGGUCUACUCCCUGUCCAUUUCAUCCUCCUCGUCAUCUCCGAUCUGGUGAUGGGCAUUGAAUAUUAUCGUGGAUUUUCUGAUCACGGGAAAAAUGGCUUCCAAAAAUCGAAAUUAAAUGUUUCACUUCCGCUGUUAAUCGCUAUGUAUUGCAUGGUAAUUUCUGGGGUUCUUCUGUACUGCACGGCCGCCGUUUUGACGUGGAUAGGAUUCCGGCGGAGGAUUCGAGGGCUAGCCAUGGCUUAUAUUAUUUAUUUGGGCAUACAACUUUUGACGUGGUUUGAUAUGGCGAUCACAGGAUUGGAAGAAGAUUUGAAUUCCUUUUUCUGGCUUGGAUUGGCCAUGUUUCUUUUAACUGGUUUCACCUUUUUGAUCUACAUCUUCAGAGCAAAAUACAUUUUUGUAUUUCCGGAGCCGAAAAAGACGCAGAAAAAAGAAAUCUCCUCAUUUAAGAUCCUAUUUUGCGUGGCAUCUUUCGUGAAUUUUGCAACAGAAAUUUAUGGCUAUAUCGAUUUGGACAUCUAUUUCUUGCAGCAAAUACGAGCCCUAAAUGGUACUGUCAAAAUGCCCAUCGGCCUAUUCGUCGGUCUCAACAUCUAUUAUUCCAUUUCACUCCUCUUGUCACUGCUGGCGUUCGGAAUUACGCUGGCAGCGAUCAUA